UCGCUUAACCUACAACAGUGUAAUCGCCUAUUAUACUGCAAAUAUUACACUGAUACUUAGUGCUGAUUCGUUGGCUUUUGAAAUUGUACUUACACGUGCGCGUAGAUGUUUGACGGUGUUUUUUCCACAUUUUAAAAUCGAUCGAUCGAAAGUGCAGCACACGCCGACGGAGAUUGAUCCAGCCGUUGCGCCGAUCUAGCUGCAACGAAUCGAAAACGUGCGAUAAUUUUGAAUUGUGAACACGUCCAAGAUGUCCAAACAACUUUGUCCCAUUGUGUUCGGGUCAAUCGAUGCCAAUUCAAUGUAUACUACUAACAACAAAAGGAAGAAAUUGAGUUUGUCGAAGGAAUUAUUAAGAGAAAUCACGCAAUUUAAACAUAUGCUCAUCACAAGGAAGGAAAAUUACGAAAUCAAUUUUCUCGAUCCCGUCAACGGCGAACAGCUGAAACUCAUGUGCACCGACACCGUGUGCACCGGACGGGUGUUGCACUCGGGCGUGCGGACGCUGCAGAAGGCCAUCGCCCGGGAACGGUCGCACAGAUGGGAAUACGUGGACGGCUUGACGCGUUACACGCGCGAGCUGGAACAGCUGGACGGAGCCAAGGAGGAGUUGUUGGACGGCCUGGAGCGGAUGCAGGCCGGCGUCGACGACACCGUGAACGCGCUCCGGGCGGACGUGGAACGGGCCCACGGCGAGUACGAGGAGCGCAGGAGGCGGUUCUUCAGGACGUCGUCCGGUAGCGCCGCGGCUGAAGGAUUCGGGUCGCUGCAGGAGCCGACGACCGGCCGCAACGUCGCCGACGAUCGGUUUCAUCAGUCGCUGUGCGGCGGGGACACGGUCACCAGCGCCGUUUCGCUGCCCGGCCACACCGGCUACUGGCCCGAAGACAUCGACGGCGACGACGACGACGACGACGCCUCCGUCGCCUUGACGAUCUUUCGACGGCUUCGGAGGGACGCGGUGGCUCGCGGAGGCGACGCUCGUCGGUCGCGAACCGACGAACUGCAAACGCUCUGGCGCGCCGUCAGGUCCGUGUCCGAGUACAACAGGUCGCUGGAGACGGCGGCGCGCGCGCUCGAAGAACAGACGGAAACGCUGCAGACCGACCUGCGGGACGCGGUGGCCGCGUGCACGGCGCUGGACGCGGACCAGUCGGUCAACAAGUGCCGGUCGGUGGUGCUGGACGACUUUUGCGCGGUCGCCGAACAGAUCACGGCGCAGCAGAUCAGGAACUUGGAGUUCGGCCGCAUGUUGGCCGUCGACGAACGGCAAAUCGGCGAGGAACUGCAGAAGAUCGGACAGCUGAAGGCCAAGAUUUCCAAGAAAAAAGAGAAAAAACAAAGGCUUCUCGAGCAAACAGACAGUGUGAAAAGUCAACUGGAAACAUACAAAAAUCGUUACGAAGACUUAAAGAGGAAAAGAGCUCAUUUAGACGACAAUCUAAACGCAAUGAAACGUUCGCCUAGCAAAUUAGCAAGUCAAUUUGAGCAACAAGGUUUCGGACAGAGAGUGAAACAUUUGGAACUACUCAAAAACCAAUACAACCAACUGACUAAUAAAAGAGAAGCAUUAAAAUUGAAAAUUCAAAGUCAACAACAGGUGAUCAAGACACCUCGUCGAAUAAAUACGUUUUGCGAUCCUUAGCCACAUCAUUUGUACAAUUUGUUUGAUUAAUUUAGUGAUUUCACAAAUAUUCUUGUAUGCUUAGGCGUCUCAAAAGCUUUAUUUUCAACUAAAAACCAAGCAAAAAAUUUAAUUAAAAUUUUUAUACUUUAACUUAAUAUAAUUAUACUUAAUUUUUUAUUUAGAUUAUAAUUAUAAUACUCUAUUUAAUUUACUGUCCAAAAUUUUAUUUUUAUUUAAAUUAGUUAACUUAAGAUUAUAAUAUGAUCAUAAUGGUUUUAUAAAAGAAUUAUACAUUGGUUGAAGCAAAAAUGUUUAUUUUAAGUUCAUUUCGAUAAUAAUACUAUUACAUAAACAUAAAGUUUGCUUUUUGUUCCAUUGUCCAUUAACUAUUGUUAUUAUCAUGAUUAUUUUAUAAUAAUUAUUAUUAAUAUAUAUUAUACGCAAGCACAUUACAUAUGCUACAUAUGCUUAUUAUUAUUACAAAUUGAAUAAUUGUUUAAUUUUACAUUACAAUCAAUGUUAAACAAACAAUAUAUGUAGCUAACAUAUGUAAAUACAACAAAUUAUGAUCUUAUAAUACUUAUAAAUAUUACUAAAAGCGCAUCAAGCGCAGCAUAUGAAAAUAACAAUAUUGUAAAACAAUGUUAUGUAAAAAUGUUGUUUUAAUUAUCAUAAUACAAUAUAAGUCUUCCACUUAAAAUACUAGAAAUUAAACACUAUGAAAAAAAAAUUAUACGUAUAAUAAUAAAAUUUAGACAAAAAAAAAAAAAAAAAAA